AUGCCAACGGUUUAUGUAAACGCCAGUGUGGCUUGGGGUAUUCUUAAAAGGGGUAAAUAUAAAGUUUUGAUUAAGUUUAGUGAUGCUAAACUACGCCGAACUAUGUCGAACACUUGCGUACGCAAGGCAUAUCGUUCAACAAGGAAUGAUGUAACACUGUUCGUGGAGGAGGUGCUCAUUCCUCACCUUAAUGUGACAUCAGGACCACUUCAGUAUAACUAUCACUUGCACCAGAUGAAGCUACAUUUUGGACAUGACGAAACUAGUGGAUCCGAACAUACCAUUAAUGGUCUUUCAUUUCCAGCAGAGUUGCAGAUAAUCGCAUUUAACGCUAAUUUAUAUCUAAAUUACUCACACGCAUUGUCUUCCCCGAACGGUUUGGCUGCGUUUUCAAUUUUUCUUGAG